CUUUUCUGUAGAUAUAGUGCAACUAGCAAGCGAUUUUUUAGAUAAGUGGAAAUGGCAUUCAAAUUCGUCGCACUGUUUACCCUUUUGGCUGUGGCUGCUGCUCAGCAAUACAGCCCACAAUACUACCAGCAGCCACAGUACCAUGCUCAGCCAGCCUUGGUAAAAACUCUUCAACCAACUCUGGUUAAGGCCGUCAAGCACGUCGAAUAUCCAGAUACUCCAGCUGAGUACCAGUUCUCGUACUCCGUUCAUGAUGAGCAAACUGGAGACAUCAAGAGCCAAACGGAAGAACGUCACGGAGAUAACGUCAAGGGAGUCUACAGUCUAGUUGAUGCCGACGGAUUCCACCGAGUUGUCGAAUACACUGCUGAUGAACACAGCGGAUUCAAUGCUGUAGUCCGCCGUGAGCCUCUCCAAGGACAUAAGCUUAUCAAGGCUGUUGCUCCAGUUGCCAAGAUUGUUUCACCAGUUCAGCACUACCAGCCAGCACCUGUUCAGCACUACCAGUCAGCACCUGUUCAGCAUUACCACCAACCAGCUCCAGUUCAACACUACCAGCCAGCUCCAGUUCAGCACUACCAGCCAGCUCCAGUUCAACACUACCAGCCAGCUCCAGUUCAACACUACCAGCCAGCGCCAGUUCAUCAAUAUCAGCCAGCUUCUGUGUUGCACUAUAAGCCAGCUCAAGUUGCUAAGGUUGCCCUACCAGCCAAGGUUGCCGUCCCAGUUGCUAAGAUAGCUUACGCUCCUCAGCACUCAGCCAGUAACCACGUGCAGUUCAGUGGACUCUCCUCCAACUACAACUACUAAAUCGCUUGUUGCCUGGAUCAACGAUUGAACGAUGACAGCGCGCCAUAACUUCCUGUCUGCAUCGUACCGCAGAUUGGGGUGUUAACUAGUUGUAAAUAAGUGUAUAUAGUCGUGAUAGUUUUAAACG